AUGGAAAUUAACGGCGAUCAACAAUGCACAAUAUGUAUAGGAAGCUCGGUUGUCCCGCGUCGCAAUUUGGUAACCUGGUACCAGGCCCGUGCUCGUCACACGGAGCAAGAUCUGGAAAAUCCAGAAUCUUACAAGAUCAUUUUAGUGUUUUUCCGCCAAAGGUGGGGCGCAACAGCCGUCAGUGACUACGAUCGACAUAUGUUCCAUCAUUCCAAUUCUGUAAACAUCUGUUCUCGACGUAUGUUGACCGCUGUCUGGGACACUUUCGCACUCAGUUUAUCGAAAAUGGACGCCCUUGUGAAACUAGACUGUAACGAGAUUUAG